AUGAGGCUUUGGUUGAGCAUGACGUUAUUUGCUAUCCUGGCAGCACACCUAUCGGCUGAUAUCCAGAGGACGGACUUCGACGGCAAUCCAGACUACGGUACGGCUCCGGGGGUCAGCUGGGACGACACCGCAGGUCCACCGGCUCCUGACGCAGGAGGAGCAACUCCAGGAGACUACGGACCCUCCGGAGGAGGGGGUGCUGGAGGAGGCUUCGUCUCCGGAGGUGGUGGAGGCGGACCAGGAACAGGAGGCGGAGGCGGGGGCUACGGCCCUGGCGGUGGCGGAGGGACUGGAGGCUCGGGAGGAGGCGGCGGAGGCUUCGGAGGUACCGGAGGCGGCGGCGGAGGCUUCGGAGGCUCGGGGGGUAGCGGUGGCAGCGGAGGAACCGGAGGCGGCGGAGGCUUUGGUGGUACCGGAGGCGGCGGAGGCUUUGGCGGUACCGGAGGUGGCAGCGGAGGAACCGGAGGCGGCGGAGGCUUUGGCGGUACCGGAGGUGGCAGCGGAGGAACCGGAGGCGGCGGAGGCUUUGGUGGUACCGGAGGUGGCAGCGGAGGCUUUGGGGGUACCGGAGGCGGCGGCGGAGGUUUUGGACCCGGAGGUGGUGGAGGCAGCGGCGGAUCUGGAGGCGGAGGCUUCGGAGGUUCUGGAGGUAGCGGCGGCAGUGGAGGAUUCGGGGGCACUGGUGGAUCUGGAGGCGGAGGCUUCGGAGGUUCUGGUGGAGGAAGCGGAGGCUUCGGAGGCUCUGGAGGCUCUGGAGGUGGUCACGACAGCGGCCAGUAUGAUCAUGGAGACCACGGCGAGUGGAGGUUGGAAGAUGCCAUUCCGGGGACACCAGAAUCAGAUUAUCCGACCUUCUCGACAAUUCCGCAGACCAGCUUCGAUUGCAGCGCCCAGGAGUUCCAGGCCGGAUACUACGCAGAUGUCGAGGCGCGGUGUCAGGUCUUCCACAUCUGCCAGGCGGAUGGUCGCCGCGAUGCUUUCUUGUGCCCUGUCGGAACCAUCUUCAACCAGAAGUACUUUGUGUGUGACUGGUGGCAGAACGUCCAAUGCGACCAGUCGCCCAGCUACUACAAUCUUAACGGCGACCUUUACAAACCCCCUGCACCGCGCCCGCAACCACCGCCACCCGCUCCACGUCCCCCUCCACCCCCUCCACCCGCUCCACGCCCCCAGCCACCCCCACCCCCACCACCGGCGCCACGUCCUCAGCCUCCCGCACCACAACCUGGACCUCCUCCCCCCGCCCCCGAGCCAGACUACGGCAGGCCGGAACCGCCACAGCCACAACCCGCACCUCCCGCCGGGGGAGACUACGACCAGGACGACUACGAUGCGCCACCCGCUCGUGGAUAUGGAGGUGGCGGAAGGUUGUUGUCUGUGAAGGAAUGUUUACACGUGGUGCCAUUAGCUGGUGCUGGUUACGGCUGA